AUGUCACCUCUGACACAGGAUGCAUCAACCAGUACACAAUCAGUGAUAUUUGAAUUCACGAAUCUGGAUGAUUUUCAUGGAGUUCUCAAUCUCUUGGAAACUCGGAAACAUUAUUUAUAUUCUGAAAUCCGUUCAUUUUACAACAUAUCAGAUAAAAAUGUGAGUACAGAGGGUUUAGAGGGAGUGACUACGCCAUUUAAAUUCCAUCAAUGUCGAUUCCAUUUUCAGGAAGUUCACAUUGAAAUUCUUGUCAAGAAUCCCCCACAAAACAUUGAUUUCGGUUGGGAGCGACGUAUGAAGCAUCUUUUCCGAUAUAUGCUUGAUCUUGAAAAGCUUAUGUGGAAUUUAUCAACACUUGGAGGAGCGUACUCAGCAAUGGGUGAUUUCGACACAGAUUAUGCUAAAACUGCGAUGAAAAUCACCACUCAUCAAAUUUCAUUGGCGAAAAAGUAUGGCGAUCCCGUGAUCCUUGCUCGUUGUUAUCUGUACACAGCACUCGCUGAAGCACAGUUGGGAAAUCUCAUUCAAGCUGUACACAUUGUUCGAGCUGUUCGACAUUGGUCUAAACAAAAUCCAAAUACGGAAAUCGUGCAGAGAUGUUGUGAAGGCGUUUAUCAAAAACUUCGAGCGAUUCAUAUUUUUGGAACUGCUGAUUCUAACAAGCUAUAA